AGGCUUGGUGGUAACAAGAAAAUUUCAUCUUCUCAAAGGUGGAAGUUGAAAAAAACUGGCAAUCUGGGGGAAGAGAACGGAGGCAACAAUAUGUCCGACUUCCUCAAACUCACUGAGUUAUCAAAUAAAAUCAUUGAGACUGGCAACAUGGAUGUGUAUCAAGAAACGUAUGAAAUGAUUACUCUUAAGGUGGAAAGGUCUAAAGCUCCUGCUCCUAAACCUGCAAUGGACAUGUUUGCUGAUGAUGAUGAAAACAAGAGUAAGGACACAAACUGUGAAGAUAAACUUGAACCACAAACAGGAGACUCAGUUGCUAAAAUCACUUGGGAGCUUCGUUGGGAAGACAAAGAAGAUGCGGAAAUACAUGGACCUUUCACGAACGAGAAGAUGUUACAGUGGCAAGAAUCUGGCUACUUCAAGAAAGGUGCCUAUGUGAGAAAGACUAGUGAACAGGGACAGUCUUGGUACACUACCAGACGUAUUGAUUUUGAUCUUUACACAUAACGCAGAAGUGACUAUGCCUGAGUUUAGUCUAAUUUUAAGAGAUGCCCCCUAAUUUUAUCCUAUGCAUAUGAAUGAAAAACAAAGUAAAAAAAUCAUCAUAUUUAAAAUACUCUGUGUACAUUGGAACAACCAAUAAAGAUUUGACACAAAAA